UAUCCCGCUGUAAUCUGUCUGUGGGGUUUUUUUUUUGGCGGGAUUUCAUCGAGUGCGGUUGGCGUCUUAUUUUAAUUAUUCUUAAAUUCGUUCAUAGUGGAUAUUGUGAAAUAAAAUUGGUGUGGUUUUGUGUAACAACUGUCUGCGUAACUGAAGAAUUAGUGGAAUCAUUAAAAUAUACGCUAUUGCGGUCAAGUGGACGUGAGAAUUUUAUUGUAGUGUUGACUACCUCACAGAAGCUUAUCGAAAAAGCCAACUCGAUACAUUUCGUGCCAAACACUCCAAGAAACAUUAGAAUGCGUCACACCGACAUUCUAAUGUAAAAACAAAAAGAAGAUUAAUUUAAUUAAAGACCAGGCUGUAUGGGCAUUGUUCCCUUUGCCUUCCCUAAAACGGGAGAACUUCAACAAAAAAAAAAAUCUGUGGUAAUAAAUCACCAGUAGCAGUUUUGUAAAGUCAGCAUCUUUUGCACAAAGUACAAUUUUUGAAAAUCAUUUCCGAGUGUACUAAAAGUAAAGGCUUUAUUGUAGAUAAUAUUCUAGAACGAAUAAUGUGAUACUUUCACUAGUUAUUUCUAAUUUUCAAAGUUUGUUUCCCACAAUGUCUGAACCAAAUAAUCCAUUCGCUGGCUUGAUAGGCGUAUCAGAAGUUGAAUCAACAAAUAAUGAAGCUAAUACAGGUCUGCAUAUCAGUUCGAAAAGUACACAAGAAGUCGAAGAAAUUCAAUCAAUAAAUAACAUUGUUGAAAACGUUUUCCACUUCACCAUCAACCCUAAUGCAGCUGAUACUUGUGCAAGCUCUGACAAACAACUAGUGUAUUUAGAAGAAUUGGCAGAAGCAACUAAACCACAUAUAUAUAUUGAUUUGGAAGCUUUAGAACAAGCACUCUUUGAAAGGUUACUUUUGCCAGAGAUUGAAUCUUAUGUCAUUCCAAAGACAUGUAAACAAUUCAAGGAGCAUGUGAUACAAAAACAGGUUUUCCCUUAUUUAUUCAGUUCCGUACAAAAUCUUCAAACUUAUCACCAAGUGAAUAAAAGUUAUAUCAAAAACACCAUACAGAAAAUGAGAGAACUGAUAUUUAGAAAUGCUGUUACUGCUUUGAAACAACCUGCUUUGUUUGAAGGUCAAAACUUUUCAAUGCAACUGAUAGAGCUAUUACAGCAUGUUGACCCACAGAGUCACACAUUUUUUGUAGAAAUUGUGGAUGCAUUUGUCAAAGAUGUUUCAGCUGAUGAAAAUGUACAAAACCAACUGAAAGAAACAAUGAUUCCUGUGCUCAAAAUAAUUCAUACAGAUGUAAACAAAUCAAAUCUCAUCAACCUGCCUAUUUAUGUUUUACCGUCAAUUCAGAUAUUUGCAGGUAAUGCACAUUUGGCUCCAAUCUUAAUGGAUGCCUGUGAACCAUAUAUUCAGACAAAUGGACGUCUAUAUCAAGAUUCACUACUUGGUGCUCUGUUAAGUUUAUCAGUUCUACCUAGGACUGCUACUUCUCUCCACGAGUUUUUUGACAACCCUAUGGACCAGGCUGCAACUUCUAUGAUGGAGUCGUCUUUAUGGAAUGCAUCUUCUCAUUUAACAAAUAAUUUGCACAGAAUCUUCCUUACUUUAUUAAAAGCAGGUCCUCAAAUGAGAAAUCGACUUUUGACAUGGAUUGGGAAAUGUCUCAAAACAAAUGUUGCUAGAGGGAAACUUUGGAAUGUUCAAGCUGGUGAAGUUAGUGCUGCUACAUUAAGUUGUGUGUCUGAUGGAUUCAUGUUAAAUCUUGGGGCAGUAUUAUUACAUUUGUGUCAACCAUUCUGCACAACAUCUAAUGACCAGAAAGCAUUGAAAAUUGAUCCUACUUAUGGGUCUGUAUUACCUGAAGAAUGUGCAGCUAAGUCCGUGCAUUUGGACUGUCUUCACAGUGAAACAUGCUUAUUGCCAGCACUGGAUGGGGAAGACGGUCAGACAAUAAAGAGACCCACUGCUGAAAUGUACAAUUUUGUUACAGAAUGCUUUUUUAUGACACAAAAGUGCAUAGAUUUAGGUGUAAGAGUAUGUGCAGAAAAAUUAUGGCGAUGUGGUCAAGACUUGGCCCGGGCGCAACGAGCACUAGCAGACGUUGCAGCAAGUGCUCAUCAUCUACUGGAACCGAUGAGGCAAAGGACACACCAUCUUAUGACUAGAUUCUUUAGUCUCCGGUGUGCGCUACUUGAGAAUGACAUGCUUACAAAUCUAAAUCGUUUGCAAGCUGCCACUUGCACAUGGCUAGUGCAAGUAGCAAUAAGACCCAACACUUCAGAACCUCAAGCGAGUUACGCGCCUACUACAGCCAUGCCAAUAGAAAUGCCAAUUACGACACCACCGCCGGAUACCCUCAGAUGUAUCCCGGAAUUCGUAUUAGAGAACAUCGUAGUUUUGAUCACUAUGGCGCGACGGACGGUGGGAGCUAUCACAGAGGAAGCUGAUAUAGCUGGCCUUUUGCAUCCGGCGCUUACACUAGUACUCACCUUUAUGGGAGAUUCUUCGCGCACAUACAACCCACAUCUCAGAGCUCGCCUGGCAGAAUGUUUAGAGGCUAUGUUACCAAACCACCCAGAGGAUCAACAGCCACUCAGCAAUUUAGCAUCAUUCUAUAGAGAACAAUUAUUCAAAGAACAUCCACAUCGAUUACAGCUGGUGCCUUGCCUUCUGGACGUAUUCGUGGGCAUCGAGAUGACAGGUCAGAGCGUUCAAUUCGAGCAGAAGUUCAACUACCGCCGCCCCAUGUAUCUGGUCAUGGACUUCCUAUGGGGCAUAGAGGAACAUAGGGACGCUAUUACGCGCCUAGCUAAUGAAGCCGAGGCUAACAUGGAGGCGGUUCACCCACCUAUAUUCCUGAGAUUCGUCAACCUGCUGAUGAACGACGCUAUUUACUUACUCGACGAAGCGCUCGGCAAUAUGGCGCAGAUACGAACUAUGCAGAUCGCACAGGAGACAGGCGCGUGGAACAAACUAUCCGCACAAGAACGGGAACAGAACCUCGCCAAUUUAUCACACACGGGUAACCUGGCGCGAUUCGACAACAUUCUGGGGCGGGAUACUACACGAACGUUGGCGCGGCUCACUGCGCAUGCGCCGCGUGUGUUCUGCCAUCCCACGCUGGUGGAGCGCGUCGCCUCCAUGCUCAACUACUUCCUGCUGCACCUGGUGGGGCCCAACAAGAAGAGCUUUAAGGUAAAAGACAUGAAGGAGUUCGAGUUCGACCCGGCGAGUACCGUUCGCGACAUCUGCCGCAUGUACGUGGAGCUGGGCAGCAACGAGCGGUUCUGCGCCGCAGUUUCGGACGACGGCCGCUCGUAUUCACCGCAACUGUUCACUCUAGCGGAAGCCGUGUUAGUUCGAAUUGGUGGCGGCGGUCUAAUCAGCUCGCUCCAAGAAGUGGCAUCCCGUGUCAGUCUACGCGCCGAACAAAGGCAACGCGACGAAGAAAUCCUAGCCAAUGCACCCGAUGAAUUCCUCGACCCUAUAAUGAGCACCCUAAUGAUGGACCCUGUGAUACUGCCCAGCUCUCGCACCACCGUCGACCGGACUACUAUCGCCAGGCAUCUUCUUAGCGACCAAUCAGAUCCAUUCAACCGAUCACCUCUCUCCAUGGACCAAGUCAAAUCUAACACUGAACUCAAAGAAAGAAUUCAUGCUUGGAUAGCCGAAAAGAAAGAGAAAAUUGCUCAAACUAGGACCAGUAAUAUUUAGGCAUAUUACAAUAAAAGACUGUUCAUUACGACAUAACAUGAUAGACUAGUAUCAAUCUAGAGUAUUCUAGGGUAAAUGAGCAGUAGAUCGUGUGAUAAAGUUUGUAAACACAACAUUUUACAAAAAAGGCGUGCUAUAAUUUUCGUAAAUAUCUAAACUAUUCGUAUGAAUGUCCUUACAUGUGAACAUGGCAUAGACGAUUUUUUAAAUUUUAUACAACACUCGUGGAAGAUUUUUGAUAUUAAAUGAAAAUCAUGCUACUAUAGGUAGACCGCUAAACUGAGACCUCGCCGGCGGGGUAAUAAUAGAAGAUUCGAACCUACAUCGACCUUCACCGACACAUAUUUUAUCAUGAAUUUAGUAUAUUACAAAAUAUAUUAAAUAUAAAAUGGGGGGCCUAAAAAAAUCCUGGACCGACUAUUUUUAAUAUUUUCUACAAAAAAAUAUUUAAAAAAAUAUAUGUUGCAAUACAUCAGAUAAUAAAAAAAAAUGUUUGACUUAAAGUAUAAAAUAUAUAAUGUGUAGCCGUUGGGUAAUGUAACUGGCAUCGACAUACCUGUUUAUACCUGGUAACCCAGUAGUUCGCCCAGGUAAAUAGUAGACAACGUUUUCUUAUAAUCUUGAUGUUGCAACAUUUAAUUUAAAGUAUACAUUUUUUAUUUUUUUUUAGGCAACCGAUUUUUAAUAUAUUUUGUAAUAUACCAAAUCAUGAUAAAAUAUGUUUCAUUUUAUUAUCAGCUCGAUGAAGGUCGAUGUAGGUUCGGAUCUUAGACCAUAAAGGGUAAAGGACGAGAACGGGGACCGUAAGAGGUGCGGGCGGCGGGCGUUUGUAAUUUUGACAGAAAUGAUAAUUGAAGAAUGUGCAUACAGCCCGCACCACGCGAAGCGAGGGGAGGCAGUCUAUAAUAUAGUUACACUUAUUCAUGUAUUUACCAAAGAGAAAAAAGUUGGUGAAAAUAUUCUUGAGUGAACAAAACUCAUUCUUCUAUUUUGCCCUAUAAUAAAUUAUGGUGUAUUUGGUAG